AUGCCAGUAAAAUACUGUUGUUAUGGGUGUUGCAAAUCUGAUUCUCGUUAUCCGGAACGAAUGGAAGGGGUGUAUUUCAUUGCUUUUCCGAAGCCAAAAACACAGCUGGAGAAGUGUUUAACCUGGAUUCGUGCAUGCGGUCGUCCACACAGGCAGUUUAGCGUUAAGAAUGUAACAAAAAACACAUACAUAUGUUCAAAGCAUUUCAAAAAUGCCAUUGGCCCAACAUCAGAUUAUCCUGAUCCUAUUCCCUUUGACAGCAGUGUCUUCAGAAAAGCAAGGAAAGCAAGGAAAAGACUAUUGCAGGAGGUUGAAAGUGAUGAGGAUAAUUCACAUGCAUCUGAAUCAACUGUUGAAACAGAAACUGGUACAGGCACUCAGACAGAAGAACAGUGGGUUUCUCCAAUGGACAUGUUAGCUACAUCUACAGAUUUACACAUAUUGCGUGGUGAAUAA